GAGACUCUUGUCCAUAUGGAAAAAUUAAGUUAGGUAGAAAAAGCUCUGGGCUCAUCUCUCAUGGCAGCUGCACUUCUCCAUUGCUGCGUUUUGCCUCUAUCUCUUGCCUUACUUCUCAUUACAAUCGGUUGCGUCUCAGGAGAAGGCAAUGAAGUGAAUAACGAGCGACAGUCGGUGCUACGAACCGAUAAAACUAGUCGGGAGCUUAAUCAGGCUGCGGAUUCUUCUCCAGUUCAAUAUGCACUUGCGGAAAAUCAUGCAGUGGGAGGGAGGAAACUUGCAUUAUUUCCGGAAGUCGGACCCAUCACCACGGGCUGGUCAGAAAGAUUAUUGGGAUCACUAUACUCUAUUCUCCACUUUUGGAACUCCCCCCUUGAUAUAAUCAGAAGACCCUCUCAGGAGCAAGACGAAGCCACUGCACAUGGGGCGAGUACUCCAGCGGAUCAUAACAUAUUGUUCAUUCUUGGAGACUCUCUAUUUGAUGCGGGCAACAAUCUGUACCUGAACGAGUCGAAUUAUUCAAUAGGCAGCUACCCUUACGGAUUCACCUAUUUUCCCAAUGCUACUGGAAGAGUAUGUGAUGGUCGGAUACUGCCAGAUUUCAUUGCGGAGUACGCGAAUCUGCCUUUCAUUCCGCCAUCGCUACAACCUGUGGGUGACUUCUAUUAUGGAGCCAACUUCGCCUCGUCAGGAGCCGCGGUUUUGGAUUCUGAUAGCUCUAGUGGCCUGAAUGUACUCAAUCUUAAAGGCCAGGUGAUCCAAUUCAAAGAACUGGCAGCAAAGUGGAAUGAGACACUGGGUGCUGAUACAACAAGACAAGUAUUGGCCAAGGCUGUCUAUCUUUUCAGUUUUGGGGGCAACGACUAUCACAGCUAUUACAAAAACUUCUACGAUGAAGAUAGCAGCCCGACUCCAUCGGAACAGGAACAGUUCGUGAAAUAUAUAGUCGGCAACACAACAGAUGCACUCAUCGAGAUGUACGAAUUAGGAGCGCGAAAAAUUGCAUUCCAGAACGUCGGGCCUAUGGGCUGCAUUCCUGAGUGCAAAACAGAAUUUCCCAAAUUUAAUGGGAGUUGUGUUCCGGACCUGCUCUCAAUGCCGACAUUAAACAACAAGGAACUCAAUAAGACUCUCACGGAUUUGGCUGAACGUUUAGAAGGAUUCAAGUUCUCCAUCUUUGACUACUUUAUCACCCUUAUGGAUAGAAUAGAGAACCCUUCCGAUUACGGUUUCGUGUACGGGUCGACAGAGUGCUAUUCCAGCAGCAGCUUGUGCGAGUACCCCAGUGCCUAUGUAUUCUUUGACGAUGGACAUCCAACCCAGAGCGUCAAUGAGCAAUUAGCUAAGCUCUUCUGGGCGGGGGACCUUUCAGUUACCAGUCCUUAUAACAUGAAGCAACUAUUUGAAGAAAGCAACGAUUGAAAUUGAAGUAGUUGCAAUCUGUAGCUUCUGUGUUUUGCACCCGUAGGCUUCGGCCUCCUUUUCUCACUGAAAAAAAUUGAAGUACUUAAUUCAUAUAAUAAGUGAACAAUUGAAAAUUGAAACUCUUUUGGUUCGGUGAAGUAAAACUUCAAGCGCUAAAAAUUUGAAAGUUCUUGUAUUUUUGUCCGUGCAGUUCUUGUAUUUUUGUCUUAUGCAAGAUUUUGGUUUCAGUUUCUAUAGCUUUAA